ACACUGAAAAUGUCAUUUGCAUAUGUCAAAGUCCAUAAACAAAGUCCACCGAUAAAAAUAAAAAUUAUAAAAAAUCCCAAAAAAAUAAUUAAAUUCAGUGUUUUACAUAUGUGUUCAUGAAUAUUAAUUAACUUUAUUAGCAUAGCACCUUUGACCUGGUAUAAUAAAAGUGCAUAUGUGCAAUAAUAUUUUUUCCAGAGUAUUUUGCGUGUUUGCCAUAUAAGCCGACGUUAUCUCAUCACUUAUUUUACUUUUUCAAGUCUCUAUUAAAGAAUGGCCGCUGUCAUUCCAGCUGUGUCUAAGCUCACUUCGAGGAUUAUAAGGAUUUUAGGAUGUAACCCCGGUCCUAUGACUCUGCAGGGCACCAACACUUAUUUGUUGGGCACUGGGCAAAAUCGGAUACUCUUAGAUACGGGUGACAAAGAUGUGAAGGAGUACCAGAGCCAAUUAGCGGAGCUUGUGCAGGCGGAACAAGUGAACAUCGAGCAUAUAGUUGUGACUCAUUGGCAUCAUGAUCAUAUCGGUGGAGUUGAGAACCUGUAUGGCACUAUAGCUAAGCAACCAAAAGUAUGGAAGUACAGAAGAAGUCCUGACGAUGACCAGGAUGAACUUUCCCAAAUAUAUCCCAUUCGCUGGCUGACUGAUGGCCAAGAGUUGAAGGUGGAAGGUGCUACCGUGAGGGUCCACCACACCCCGGGCCAUACUACUGACCAUGUAGUUCUCACACUUUUGGAAGAAAAUAUCCUGUUUAGUGGAGACUGCAUACUUGGUGAAGGAACAGCCGUCUUUGAAGAUUUGUAUAAUUAUAUGAAGAGUUUGAAUAGGAUAUUAGAAUUGAAGCCUUCUGUUAUUUAUCCAGGACAUGGAAAUAUUAUUGAGGACCCAAUGAAAAAAAUAGAAUACUACAUUGCUCACAGAAACCAGCGUGAAGCCCAAAUAUUAGAAACAUUAAAAAAGAACAAAGAGAAACAACUAAACGAAAUGGACUUAGUUAAACUAAUUUAUACUGAAACCCCUGAAAAUUUGUGGCCUGCAGCUGCUUAUAAUGUCAACCAUCAUCUGACUAAAUUAACUAAAGAAAAUAAAUUGUAUUGUACCACUACAGAUGGGGAAACUAGAUGGCAAUAUGCUGGCAAUGUAGAAAGCAAUUUAUAGAAAUUAAAAAAAGUCCCAUUUAAAAAUAACAUUAGGAAUUCAAACAAACCUUUUUGCAACUAAUUUUGAACUUUAUGUACUUGUGAAAAGAGUCAAAAUUGAAUAAACUGAAUGUAAGUGGUUUGUUGCUUUUAGUAAUGUUGUUUCAAAUGGUAAAAGUAUUAUUAAUUGUUAUUCUGGUUUUAUAAUUUAGAACUGGUGCCAUAAAAGCUAAUGAAACGAUAUUAUGUAUUACAAUGUUGUUAUUGAAAUGAGUAGUUUUCUUUAUAAUAUCCAACUCUCAUCACUUUCCCUAGAAGCAGAAAUCCACCAUAGAGGUUUGGAAUUACUAAAAGAUAUACACAGCCUUUAGUGUGAAGAUGUUAGGAAAUGGAAAUUAGUAGAAAAUAAAAAAAAAGUAUAUCCAUAAAUUAACUAUCCAUACAUUUUUUUUAUUUCAUAAUGUUUAAUACAACAUAACAUUCCAUUUUACAAAAAAAGAAAACACAACAAUGUGAAUUUCGAAAAAAUACGACAAGGUUUCAGGCGUCGUCCUAAUUGGCAGCGAUCGCACGAUGGCGCGCGAUGCGUUUUUCAUCUCACGAUCUCACUUGCGAGGUUCAAAUAGGACACUCUGAUGAAAUCUGUAUGUUUGAACUCAUCGAACGACGAGAACGCAUCGUGUCAUCGUACAAUCGCUGUCAAUUAGGACGACGUCUUAGAUGAAAAACGCAUCGCGCCAUCGCGCGAUCGCUGCCAAUUAGGACGACGCUUCAUGGAUGUUAUGUCCUUGCUCUUAUAAACUAUUUUAUUACAUAAGUAACUUAUUUAUUAAAUUAUAUUUAUCAACAUGAAUGAGUGAA